UAAAUAAAAGUUUAUUACGUUUCUUGUAAACGAAUAAAAUAAAGUCCAAUUCGGUACAUUUUGAAGUAAUAGGUAAUUGUGUGAUACGCCACCUUACUUAAAUUGCAAUUUAUGGCUAAACCUAGUUUGGCAGUUUCAUCGUUUAAAGUGAUAAAUUGUUAAAAUUAACAAUAGAGCAAAAACAUAAAAGUACCUCAAGCGUAAAACGAAAAAGCAAUCACAAGCAAUUUUUGAAUGGUUAAUUUACCAAAAACUGGUUGAAUUAUUGCAUUUUGAUUAAGUAUAUAAAUCACCAACAAAAUUCUAUAGAAACAGUAACAAGAAAUCAUCAUGACAAGAGUAUUGAUGUUCCUUGUGAUAAUAGCUUUGGGCGUCCAAGCUCGGGCUGAUCCUCCAGAAGCAUUAGACCACACAAAAUUUAUUGAGGCCAGUAAUUGUUUGAAAAAGGAAAAUCUUAUAUUUGCUGACGUUUUGGAAUUCGCUCUAGAAGACAAAUUGGAAUUAGCUGAAAAAAAUCCAAAGUUAAAAUGUUUCGCUUCGUGUUUGUUGGAAUAUGGAAAACUUAUAGAUGGUUGUACGAUUCUAAGUAAAAACUCAGACACAGUUAAGGACAAACAAAUGGAGAAGUUCGUCAAAUUAGUAGAUAGUUGUAAGGAUGUUGUUAAGGGAAGUGAUCGUUGUGAAUGUGGAUUUCAAUUGAUCAAGUGUAUAACAGAGAAAGGAAAAGAGAAGUAGGCUUGCUUUUUUAAUAUUAUUAUUGAUUUACUUUUUAAUUAUUAUAAUUUGUACUUAUUUUGGUUUAUGUAUUUUACGGUUCUAAUUUUCGUUAAAUUGUUUUUUUUCGACAUUUGUUUAUUUUGGCAGUUUUAAAAUAAAUAUUUUAUUUUAAUUAAAUUUCA